AUGGACCCUGACUCCGAGUAUUUGACCGCCUUUCGCACCCGUUUCGGAACUUUCCGCUGGAAAGUCCUCCCGUUCGGUCUGAAGGUAGGUCCCGCCUGGUUCCAGCAGUUUAUCAACGCGCAGCUUCACGAUCUCCUCGACCGGUGCGCCAGCGCCUACGCAGAUGACGUCCUGAUCUACUCGGAUAAAGAAGAAGACCACUGGAAAGACUGUCAAGAAGUGAUCUGGCGACUCCAUCAGGCCAACCUCCAGGGAGACAUCAAGAAGUCUAGAUUUAACGUGACCAAGGUUGACUACCUCGGCGUUCUGCUUGAAGCCGGUGUGGGCCUUAGUGUCGACCCUCGGAAAGUUCGAUCGAUACAAGACUGGAAGUUUGAAGACCUCCGAGACCGCACCGCGAUCCGAUCAUUCAAGGAUGUUGCCUUUGUGAUGGGCCCGGAGCAACGCGAAGCAUUUGAUCAACUCAAGCGCCUGGCUAUCGAAGCCCCGGUCCUCGCCUUCUUUAGACCAGAACUGCCGACCCGACUGGAGACCGAUGCCUCCCGGAAUGCCACAGCUGGUGUUCUAUGGCAGGAACAGCCUGAUCAGACCUGGAAGCCCGUUGGAUUCUUCUCUAAGACCAUGACCCCGGCCGAGCGAGCCUACCCAAUCCAAGAUCGAGAGCUCGCCGUCGUACAGAGUCUAGAGCACUUCUACCCAGAGCUCUUAGGCCAGAAGUUCGAUGUGAUCACCGAUCACGAAGCCUUAGUCCAUUUCUCUACGAAGCGCCUGCUCUCGGUACGACAGAUCAGAUGGUCCGACUUUCUCGCCCAGUUCGACAUCCGUUUCCUCUACCGCCCCGGUCGACUGAACGUAGUCGCCGAUGCCCUCUCCAGGAAGACAGCGGAGCUCCCUACCACCAUUAGUUCUGAGGGCCACGAGUGCCCUACAGACCCCAGAAGACCGAGGAUACAGCAGACGCCCGAUCAAGACCGCCCAGAACUAGACCCGAACUCGGUCCCGAAGGGAGCCGAACUCGUUUCGUUGAUCCGCCAGGAGAACCUCCUCCAAGACCUCGGUACCCAUGGAACACACCUGGUCGUACCAGCCCAGACCUCAGACAAGCAGACGUUUCUUCAGACCGCGCUCAUUCGCGAAGCCCACGAACCCCAGAUCUUCGCUCACGCCGGACAGAACAAGGUGAUCAAGCUGCUCCAACGAGACUUCUACUGGCCAAGGAUGAAGGAGGAUAUCCGUCGUUAUAUUCGGAACUGCCACGACUGCCGCCGCAACAAAACCCCUCGAGACAAGACCCCUGGACUGCUCCAUCCACUGCCCGAUAUGCCGAAAGACCGUUACGGAUAUGACUAUGUUUGGACCUUCGUCUGCAAGCUAAGCCGGAUUAUCGCCACGCUCCCAGGAAAGAAAAACGAUACGGCAGAAGUCUUAGCUAGCCGCUACUUCCGCUACCUCUAUCGUUUCUUCGGUAUGCCCCUCAGAUUAACCGGCUCACGGGAACGAAGCAUCGUCAUGGAAGCUCCUACACCCUCAGACCCAAGGGGUGUAGAAGUUACAAAUCAAUACCUAGAUCAAAAGCUACGAUUCUACGUGACGAAGCAUCAAGAUAACUGGAGUUCCCUGCUGCCCGCCCUCGACUUCGCCCAUAACUCGUCUUGGCACUCUUCCAUCGACAUGGCACCGUUAAAAACCGCCCAGGAAACCCAGGAAGACGCCAGGAAUGCUGCCACCGCCGCUCAAGAACGUCAGAAGGAACAGGCUAAUAGGAAACGACGACCAACCGACUUUGCCAUCGGUGACCGAGUUUUUCUCAGCAGGAAAGGCUUCGCCACGAACGCUCCGACUACUCGGCUAGAUAACCAAUGGUCAGGUCCGUUCGUAAUCCUGGAAGAACGCGGUCAUAGCUACGUACUGCAGCUGCCCGAGUCGUACAAAAUGAAGAACCUAUUCCACGCCGACCGUCUUCGAAAAGCAGCCGAUAACCCCUUGCCCCAGCAGAUCCAGUCACCUCCGCCACCCGAGGAGAUCAACGGAGAACCCGAGUGGGAGGUUGAUCAAGUCCAGCAGUCUCGAGUAACCGGUAGGAGUCGACGACUGGAAUACCAGGUCUUAUGGAAGGGAUGUGACCCUGAUGAGACCUGGUACCCGGCUAGAAUUUCCGUAACGCACCAAUGGCAUUGA